AUGGAGGAGUGGGCUCGCCUCUAUGGCAAGGUCUACGGAUAUUACGAGGGCGAGACUCCCAAGGUGGUCAUCAGCGACAUGGAGGUCAUCAAGGAAUGCUUUGUCAAGAAAGCUAGCGUAUUCACAGACCGGCCACCACUGGUUGUCGAUAUUGAACCCGUACGGAGUAGCCUCAUAGGCCUCAAAGGAGACGAUUGGAAGAGCGUCCGCGGUAUGCUGAAUCCAAGUUUCACCUCGGCCAAGAUAAAACGCAUGCUCGACACCAUCCAUCAGUGUUGCGACAUCACCAAGGACAUCCUGCGUGAGUGCGUGGCGUGUGAUGGAUACGCCACCGCGAACAUUUCAGCAAUCUGCCAAGGUCUUUCUUUGGAUAUCAUCACAAAGUGCGCCCUCGGCUGGCAGUCUGAUUGCCAAAGAAACAAGAGAGACCCCGUCAUCGAGACCGUUGCGAAGAUCCUCACCGACUCUGGCAACUGGAUCAACGACGCGUGCAUGGUGGCACCAUUUCUCGGUGUCGUCCUGUCGUACAUUUUUCCUUUCCUUAGCUACGGAAAACUGUUUGCUCGCGUUGAGGAACACCUUCAGCGACUGCUUGAGUCGCGCAAGAGGGCGGCAGCCACUGUGCCUGACAUCGUUCAGCUCAUGCUCGAUGCCCAGAAAACUAGUUCAGCUGUUGACAAAGAAAUCAGCGAGCCUCCUGGUUCAACGACGCCGCGCAACGCCAGACCACAGCCAUGUUUCAUCACAGACAGGCACGUCAUGUCAAACUGCUUCGUCCUUUUAGGAGCCGGAUUCGACACCACUGCUUGCACGCUAGCGUUUCUUCUUUACGAGCUGGCGAUGCAUCCGGACGAACAGCGAACACUUUACAACGAUCUGGUGGCCGCGUUUCCUGACCGCGAAAGGCUCACGUACGAAGAGCUGCAAACGCUCAAGCGUUUCGAUGUGGUCAUAAGCGAAUGUCUGAGGCUGCACCCGCCUCUCGUGUUGACCACCGCACGCUUGUGUCAAGAGGACACUCGUGUGGCGACGGGUCACGUGAUACCACGAGGCUCGCACGUCAUUCUCCCUACGUGGAACGUUCUUCACAGCUCCGACCUGUGGGUCGACCCGUACAGCUUCGAUCCUGACCGUUUCGUAGAGGGAACCGAUGGUGCCGCUGUACUAGCAUCAGUGCUCGCCUUCGGCAUCGGGCCGCGAGAGUGCAUCGGGAAACGUUUGGCACUGCUGGAGCUUAAGGUCGCCUUGUCCAAGCUGGUUAGAUUUUUCGAGUUUAGCGUGUGCAAUGAUACGAACGUGCCCUUGAAGGUCAAGGUUCCCUUAGUCAGCCUAAUUCCGGAACAGGAGAUUGUGCUUCGCGUUGAAUUACGGAGCACGGCAAAAUGCAACCCAGAGUUUAAAAUGUGAAAACCGUGUUGCUACAACGCACAACCUCAACCCGUUCAAGAUGAACGCGCCAACACAACCACAGCAUCCAUAAAUGUUACUGUAUUACAUAUCAUUCGUCGCACCUCAAAGCUUUACCCUGUUUGACGCUAAUAUUUAAAGUCUACUCAUCUAAACCAUCAGGCGCUCGCAGCGUCCCAGCCGAUUUCGCAGAAUGUGAGCGUGACUUCGUCCACCCAGAUCCUCAUAUCUAUGUCGCUCGCUACCGAGGUUUGCACAGCAUUGCGCUGCUUCAGCGGAAA